CGUAAACAAAAACACAUUCAUUCCGAAAGGUUGGUCAGCACCACAAAGAUGAAACUGGAAGUCCUAUGUUUGGAAGACCUGCAGGCAUUUCAAAGUCUCUACAAACAAUGUUGGCCAAAGUACUGUCAGGAGUAUUACUGCCUGAACUUUAUUGAAUUCCUCAAACAAGAACCCCACAUCAAGAACUUGAAACUAUUUACGUUGGACACAACGCAGGCCAGAGAGGAGGGUCUUUUCGUUAUAGUGGAUCGCUAUCAACUUUUUGUGGGAGGUCUGAACAACACAAACGGGCUUUUACAGAAAGCACUGGAUUUAUUGGACUGGUCUAAUGGCUUCAAGUGCAGUUCUAUACCAGCCCGACAUAUCUCCGCCUUGGAGCAAGUAGUGGAGUCGAAGAAGCUAAGUUUGAUAUUCAAGGAUCCAACAGAGCUUUUUUAUAUGACGGCAAAGGAGGCUCUCAAGCUAAAAGUCGAACCACCGAGCGGAUUCUAUUUUAAAAGAUUGAGUGUGGCAGAUGCUUCUUUGGUAAAUGAUGAAUGGCCCAAUCACCACUUGGGUUCAUUAUACUUUAUUGAGAGACAGAUUCGAAUGUGUGUCAGUGUAGGACUCUACGAAGAACACAGUCAUCAACUGGUGGCCUGGUGCAUAAGAUUACAAGGCGGGUACCUGGGAGCCUUGCAGGUCAAGGAAUCGCACAAGCGCCGAGGCUUUGGUAGUCUGGUGACAAGAGAGAUAUCCCACAUCCUAGCCUCCCACGGUCAUGACGUCAUGGCGUUGGUAGGCCCCAACAAUAAAGCCUCAUGCGGAAUGUUCACCAAGCUAGGCUUCACUGUAAUCGACCAGUGUGUUUGGCUCAGGACGGAGCCAACGAAUGGCCCUUUCACCUGGCCCGAUGGGGAAUAGACACUCUGACAUCGUUUUGAAAGCGGAACGCGGCUUGCCUCCACAAUAUUGUACAAAAAAAUAAAAGAAUAUGCAAUAAGAAAGUAAA